AUGCUGCCCCGCAUGAAGAUCAAGCAGAAGGUCAGCUGCAACCAGGACCUACUCUCCUCCAGUCUCCAGCAGCCUGAAGGUUGGAUUGAUUGAUCCUUAUUACUCCUGUUAGACAUUUUUGAAAAUAAGACAUUUGAGCUGCAAGAGGUAGAGUGGCAUAGUAGUCUUAGAUACAAAAUGUACAUGCACUAAUGUUAGUGGCUUAGCUAAGUUGACUCAAACUCUACAUUUGGCUGCUUCUGAAGUCUGUACAGCUGGUCAUCUUUUUGCAUUAUUCCCACUGUCUGGCAUACUUCACUGGAAAUAUGUUAAAUGUUACUUGCCUUUGUUUAGCUAAAUAACAAUACUUUUCCUUCCUCAGGCAAUCAGCUCCUGAGGUAUGUGAGUGUGAACACAUUAAAGACCACGGUGGAGGACGCCAUCGAUUACUUAAAGAGAGAGGGCUUUCGCCUACCUAGGACAGGCCUACAAGUCAGUCAGUGACAAGCCUUGGAUGUUUCUUCCUUCCCUGUUAAUUAUAUUGACUGAGCAUGGAUUCAUUCUAGUGAUUGAGCUUGACAUGAGGCAAAUUGAAAACAGAAUGUGUGUUUCUGAUGUCCAGGCUCAAUUACCUGAAUCUGAAGAGGAAAUCCUUUGUGGGUGACCUGCAACUUUUAGACCUACUGGUUUUCUCUGCAAAGACAAACUUCCAUGACCACAAUCUGUACAAGGCUGGCCACAUCAUUCUACAAGACAAGGUGAGGAUUCUAAAUGCGUCCUUCCAUCCUUCUUUCCUUCCUUCCUUGAGGUCAUCACUGAUCUGUACAUGAUUGGAUGAGGUUACCUUGUUAGAUCUAUUCUGAUAAAAGAAAGAAGCUAAGAUGCAUUUCUAAGGUAUUCUAACAGGGCCCAUGGACUUGCCUGUCUACUAUUGUCUCCCUUAUAUCCCAACAGGCCAGCUGUCUCCCUGCGUACUUCCUGAACCCUCUUAUAGGCAGCCACGUCCUGGCACCUGUUCAGCGCCGGGGAACAACACCAGCCACCUCGCUGCCAUCAUGAAUAACAAAGGGUAAAGCUUGAUUGAAAUAUGGAGGGUCAAUUUCCCAGACCCAGAUUAAGCAUACUCCUGGACUAAAUGUUCAAUAGUCCAGCAAUAUACUUAUUCUGGGUCUGGGAAGCUAUUAUGUUUGGUAGGACUAGGACAUAAAAAAAUAUUGUGAUGUUAAUCCUGAAAAAAGUUAAGGUUACAAAAUGAUAGCUCUUUUGAUCAGAUUUCAAAGCACAUUGUAAGGGUUACUUGCCUCACCUCACACAUUUGACCAAAACCUCCUCUCUGGCCUGUGUUGAAGGAGACUGUUUGCCUUCGACCUGGACGCCAAGCAUCUCUCCUCAAUGUCCACUGGCCUGCUCCGCACCGGAGUCACAUGUCAGCAGCUGGCCAAUCAGGACUUCCUAAAGGUGGACCCGGAUGGGCCGCUGUAUAAGUGUGGCGUACAUCCUACUUGACCCGUUGUGCAGCGGAUCAGGUAACAACAUGACCUGUCUGUCUGAGGGGUAUACUACAAAGCAGGUUCAAUUAGUUAGCCAGCUAACUUUGAUAAACAACCAGAAAUAACCAUACAUUUUCUGGUUUAUUAAUAAAGCAUAACUUAGGCAUAUGUUUUUAGUUGUUGUAUCAGUUAGACCAUGCCCAUUUCAAGCUUAUCCUUCUAAAAAAAAUUGUUAUUUCAGAAUAUUAAGGCAAGUUAGCUGGCUAACUCAUUGAUCCUGCUUUGUAGUAUACCCCGCUGAUGUUGUUAAAACAAAAUACAGAUGUUUAGGGCUUGUUUAUGUCUCCAGAAAGAUGCACCUCAAUGACCCAGAAGUACUCACAAGUCAAAGUAUCUGUAUGACCUCUAAAACAUGUAACUUCUUUGUACUCUCAAUGUCAUUAUUGAGCCAAAAUAGUAUAUUUGUGUGUUUCUCUCUCAGGGAUGGUGUGCCUGCGGGAUGAGACACCGGCCUCCCAGAAGGAGCAGGACAGUCACCGUCUGAAGGCCCUGUCAGCGUUCCAGCUGCACUGUAUCAACCACGCCAGGCGCUUCCUUCGUCUGCAGCGACUCCACCGGCUCCAUCCACACCGAGGAGAACGAGCAAGUGGUGGCCGCCUGCCUGCAGCAGAACCCAGGCUUCAGGUAGGGAACAGAAAUUAAUAUAAUGAUCAAUUCCCAAAUUGAAUAGAGAUUAUGAUGGAACUGACUAAGUAUUUUACCUAUCUGUGUUUCUGGGAUUUUAAGAGCAGUAAAGCAUUAUCUUGUGGAAACUGGUGGAAACCUUUUGAUCUGAGACACCAGCUCUGUUUCCACCCUUUGUUUAUGCAGGCUGGUUCCUCUGCUCCAGCUGCCCUCACACAGUGUCUCCAAGCCAGCACCACCAAAACCCUCACCCACAGCUUAUUUGUGGCCCUGCUGGAACGACACACGGCACAGAGUCUAGAACAGCAGGCCUCUCAAACACUGUGAGUAGCAGUCAUACAUUUGAAUUACAUCACAUUCAAUGAAACUCUCAUUAAUUGAAAUAGAGGAUAUUUAUAGAGAAAACGUCUAGAUUAUACUGUUUGCUGUGAAGUUUUAACCACCAACAAAAAUGCAACAUUGUUAAUGCUCGUCUUCACUAUUGUAGCAAUCCGGUUGCUGAGAUGAGUCCAAGUAGUCCUUCUGCCAGUGAAGACAAGCAUGAGGCUGAAGAGGCUGAUAUCACAGAAGAUAGGGAUGAGGAGGUUCAGGAGCCUAGUAGCACCACUGAGGAUAUGGACGUGGCUAAGGAAGCCAACCCCACUGAGGAAAAGACAGAUCAAUCAGAAGGAGCAAAGAAAAAGAGGAAGAAGAAAAAUAAAGAUGGGGAUGAGGAGGCUCUGGAGCCCAACACCACUGAGGAUACAGUGCCUUGCAAAAGUAUUCAUCCCCCUUGGCAUUUUUCCUAUUUUGUUGCAUUACAAAAAAAAUAAUCUGCCGUGUUAGAACAUGGAUAGAACAAAAGCUGCACACCCUGUGGAUCAGAUCCCCAUGGACCAAGAUUGAAGAACACUGCCCCAACACUAUGGCUGGUCACUUACCUCUUGUUUGGUCCUGUCCAUUACACAGGUUCUGGUGUAUGA